UGGUGUGUGGUGCGUGUCGGCUCCGGUGCAUUGCCUUGUCUGGAUGUGGUUUAAUCGUCUCUGUAUCAGCUGGACAACGACUGAAUCAAUUAUCCAAACUCGUCUUAACUGAAACUUGGUGUCAGCAUUGAAUGAUUCUGCGAUUUCCUGAAAUUUGAUUGUGUCACCUGAUGUCCAGAAACUUCUGUCUGUGUGCGUUUUCCCGACAUGUUGGCCCGGGUGCUUUAUGAUUCAGUUUGGCAGUUCUAGAAUCUAGGCAGUUCGUUCCUACUCCUGUGCACAAGACAGUUUGCACCGUGCGGCGGGCUCUGCUUCAUUCGGGUGCAACAGUCGUGUCGACGGUGGGUGGGUGAGUGAGUGAGUGAACCACAGGCCUCGUCGACGGAGCAUCGAAGUUUCCUCGAGCCUUGGUUGGGGCGCGGUAGAUGUGCCAUGGUCUAUCUCUCUUGGAUUGUCUCGGAGCAAAUACAGCGAAUUUGCACAUUGCUACUUUGUGGAAUGAAGCACCCACCAGUCAAGCCAACUUAUGGGCCUGUCCCAAAAGCCAUUCAAGUCGAAGAAGAGGUCCUUGGCUGUGAAGACUCCGUGGGUGAACACUUUUCUGAAAGCGACUUGUUCAACAUGUGGCAGCAGAUGGCGCACCAGCACCGAGAGGAGUUUCAGUGGGGCGCUGAGAGGCAUGAAAGGACGCACACAGGCGAAAAGCCCUUCAGCUGCCACAUCUGUCACAGAGUGUUUGCCGUGAAGGGUAACCUGCAGGUUCACGAAAGAAUUCACACGGGUGAAAAACCGUUCAAGUGCCAGAUUUGUCAGAAGGCUUUUUCGCACAAAAGUACCCUGCAGGCUCACGUGAGGAUUCAUACGGGCGAGAGGCCGUUCAGGUGCGAGAUUUGUGAGAAGGCAUUUGCGAAAAGCAGUGACUUGACGCGUCAUGAAAAAGUCCACAUUGGAGACAAACCAUACAGGUGCGAAACGUGUGGGGCCGCGUUCAGACGGCGGUUCCAGUUGAGGUGUCACGAGAGACUUCACUAUAGAGACUCGUUACUUCAUUGUGAGCAGUGUGGAGAAAAGUUUGUGCAGGGAACUCAUUUAAAUGCACAUCAGAAGGACCAUCAUCCAUGAGGGACGUCCAUCGGAAUGUAAUGAAUGGUGUGGUUCAACAUAGUUGCACAGUGUCAUUUUACCCUUUUAUUCGAGACCAUCUUGGGUCAAAACCACAUGUUAACUGGUUGCUUAUUUCAUGAAUCGUCUAUGAUCUACCAAUACUCGCUGCCGUUAACUCUCUGGAGUCAGGAAUGCAAAUGGAACCAUCACUAAUAGAGAACCAAAAGGUCACCAUUGCCAUGAGCAUGUACCAUAUUUUCCGGUACAUAAAUCACACAUGUGCAUUAGUCGCGCUGCAAUAUAAAUGGCUGUUUUCAUGAAAACUUUAAUAUAAAGGCCGCCCCUUCAUACAAGUUGCACUGAUAUAUUUGUAUGAUUGGCACAACAGAUAUUAAUUGAAAAUCCCGCAUAUGUGUAUUAUGAUUGCAAUAUGUCUGCAAGUAAGAGCAAGUUUCAAUAUAACCGUCACCGAACUAAACGAGAGAUGUAACUCCUAUGGCAAAGUUUCAUAGUUAACCUUUUGGGGUCAUGUGAGUUUUCCCCUUGUUGGCCCCUCAGGUCAGAAUUAGUUUAUGCAAAAGU